CUGGCAAGUUAGUUUCCGGCUGUGAAAAACGGUUACAAAAUGUGUAAAAAGUGUUGAAUCACUCGAAGAACAACUGUUGAACACAUAGACGAUAAAAGAGAAAUUGAAUUUUUAUGAAAAUCGCACAGAACAAAACAGCGAAAGAAACAGCGGAAAACCACAAAUUUUCCACGUACGGGCCACCUGUUGCAUCAAAGGCUACAAUAUCCCAAUGCCACGCUGGGGUCAUCGGCCGAAAAUUUGGGAUUUUCAGGUGGAAAGCGUCGUAGACAAGUGUCUGGCAAGUGGAAAUAUUCACUAUUUAGUGCAGUGGUUGGGCCGUAUGGAUCCGGAGUACACCUGGGAGCAUGCGGAGGUACUCGAGUGCCCCGAGGCGAUCCGUAGAUACGAGGAGACGAUGGGAUUCAAUGACCAGCCGAUUGUUUUGGGGAAGCGUAACUCUUCGGCAUCAUCAUCAUCGUCGUCGUCGUCAUCAUCGUCAUCUGGAGACUCAGUUUCAUCCUGUGUCACCGUAAAGAAGCGGUCAUCGUCAUCGGUAUCAGCAUCGUCGUCGUCAUCGACAUCAUCAUCGACCUCAUUCUCGUCAUUGGUAUCGACAUCGGCCUCAUUACAACCGCCAGAAAAGAAGCGCUAUUCGUCAUUUCCAUCGACAACAUCGGUCUCAUCGGAAAAGCAGCGCAGUUCCUUAUCGGAAUCCACAUGGGCAUUGUUAUCGUCAUCGGCGUUAUCGGAGCCCUCCUCAUCCGUCCCGCCCCAACCCUCGGACAAGAAGCGAAGUCCAUCACCGCCAUGGCAGCCCCCUCCAGAGAAGCGCAUUUCGUUAUCGCAAUCGACAUGGUCACUGAUGUCGUCAUCAAUAUCGUCAGCGGAAUCAUUCGAGCUCCCGGAAAAGAAGCGCAAUUCGUCGUUGCCGUCGGUAUCGGGCAUAUUCCAACCAAUGAUACCCAAUCCCAAGCGCAAGUCGUCAUCGGUAUCGUCAUCGGAAUCGAAUAUCCCUGAAAAGAAGCGCAAGUCGUCAGCGGCCUCGUCCUUAUCGCAUCUACUUGGAAAGAGGAGUAAUUCAGAGAGUAAUUCGAUAUGGGAGUCACCGUUAUCCCCUUCCCCGGAGAACAAUUCGAUGUGGGAGUCCCCCCUGUCCCCGCCACCCGAAAAGAGGCGUAAAUCAUCGGAAAAGAAGCGUAAAUCAUCCGAAAAGAGGCGCAAGUCAUCUGAGAAGAAGCGUAAAUUAUCUAGAAUGUCAAUGUACUCGGAUAUAUCCGACACACCCGCAUCCCCACCACUACUGGAGAAGAGUCUUAACUUGUCUCGAAUGUCUAUGUACUCGGAUAUAUCGGACUCACCCGCUUCUCCUCCACCGGAAAAGAGGCGCAAAUCAUUUGAAAUGCCAAUGAUAUCAGUGAAAUCGGAGCUAUCGUAUAUGCCGGUGAAAUCGGAGCUAUCGGAUUUAUCGAACGUAUCGAACGCAUCGGAGUUAUCGGUAAAAUCGGAGUUAUCGCAGGUAUCAUCAGCCCAACGGGAAGUAAGGGAGCCAUGGUAUAUGCGUAAUCUGGAUCCUAGCGCCGGGCCGAGGGGCUUCGCCCGUGGCCUGGAACCGGUGAAGGUACUGGGCGCCACCGAUGCUUUGGGCGACAUUAUGCACUUGAUGCAGUGGAAGGGCUGCUCCCAGUUCGACCUGGUGUCGCACGAGGAGACCAGCAUCUUGUGUCCCCAGCUGGUCAUCGAGUAUUACGAGCAGCGUCUGUCCUGGCACAAUGUCCCCAAUGUCACUGAUGUCAUACUCGGUGUCAAGAAUUGGAAGCAGAAGGGCUACAUCAACCGAUACAGAGACAGAUAUGGCAAAAAAGGUACGAGGCCAACCGAAAUUCUGUGAUUUUUCUAUGAUGAAUCAUAGGAUAAAAAAAUAUCAAAUAUAUAUAACCAAUAAAUGUACACAAAUACUAUGUAUAUGAACGUGUGUGAAAAUAUCUACUAGAGAUGCAUACAAAGUUUUUUUUUUUUAGGAAGAAGAUACUAUGAGAAGAUAUAGAUAAA